AUGGUCGCCGACGCCCUCGUGUACCACCCCGCGCUGGCGCACUACCUCCGCUUCGUCGCUACGACUGUCGGCCGCGACAAGCUUCUCCGCACAAUCCAGUACUUCUCCCGCUUCUACGCAUGGUACCUAUACCGGACGAACAAGCCGCAGAGCGCAAUCGACCCUUACAACGCUAUCAAGAAACAAUUCGGAACAACGCGCAAGAUCCUGCGCAUCGGCAAAUUUGUCGAGCACCUCAAAGCCGCCGCGCUCGCCCUCGAUAACAAGAGCCCGAUCGACCCCGUCCUGCGCUACCUCGCCAUUGGCCGCCAGCUCGGUUAUGCAGGCUACCUGACCCUCGACACUAUCACUGUCGUCGACGCCAUCGGUGUCAAGAAACUGGCGUCUGCGAAGCGUCUGCAGGAAUCCGCGUACCGUGCGUGGGGCGCGGGUUUGGCGUGCUCGGCUGUUGCGGGUAUCUAUACGCUCUUCCGGCUGAGGGAGCAGGAGAGGGGCGUUAAUCUUAAGGAAGGAGAAGGGGCUGUUGAGGCGAAGAAGCUUGAGAAGGAGCGCGCCGCUGUGAGGAUCCAGCUCCUCUCUGAUCUGUGUGACUUGACCGUCCCCGCUGCUGCCCUCGGGGUGGCCUCGUUUGAUGAUGGUCUGGUCGGCAUUGCUGGUACGGUCAGCAGUUUGAUCGGUGUUUGGUCGCAGUGGCGCAAGAGCGCAUGA